AUGUUAAGGCAUUCGUUGAACACCACCGUGUCUAUGGAGGAGCAGUGGAAGAUCGCGGUGGCUGAGCUUUCGAAUAAGCUGAUUAAAGCUACUAAAAAGAGAGAUGAAGCCAUUCUCGAAGCUUCAAAAUUGAAGUAUUCAAUGGCCGAGCUCGAAAAGAAGUUGAACAAGCGAGAAAUUUACUGCCAUAUCUUGAAAUCUGGGCUUGAAGUUUGUAGCAACACUAGUAAGUUUUCAGUAAGUUUUAGUGAAGAUUUCAGUAAGUUUUGUGAUAGGAAAAUGAGUGAAAUUGUGGCGAUGUUAGGGUGGACCAGGGCUUGGUCUGAGCCACUUUUGCAUGCCUUUUUUGGUGCAUCAAAGUCUGUGUGGCUAGUGCACCUUUUGGCUAACUCAGUGCACCCAAAUAUAUCCAUUUUCAGAGUGGACAAAGGGGUUAGAUUUGACUCAGUUUACAUGGAGGUGGUUGUUUUAGUGGUGGUGGUGCGGUGGUUGUGA